AGCCUCGUGCUACUCGACCUUUUCUUACAGCCUCAGCUUAACAUAUCGUCAACUUCUUCAUUACUAUCACGCCUCUCUGUUCAUAUAGCAGCAAUAAUGAGUUUCAAGGCGAAAGAUCUGCAUUUUGACAACUCUCAGCCGGCGUUCCUACAACGGCUGCGAGGUCAGAUGCAAGGUGAAGAUUCAGCACGUCAUGAGCGCCCAAUACCCAGGAACAAAAGGCUGAAGCAAGAUGACGAAGAUGAUGCGCCUACUUAUGUCUUGGAAAACACCAAUCAGUCCAUGACUAAAGAAGAGUACGAAGAAUUCAUCGGCAAGAAGGAUUCCAAAGAAGACGGCAAUCCCGAGCAAGACAAUGUGAGGAAAGAGUCGAACAAAGACGGAUCCCCCAAACCUAAAGACAAGAUCGCCGAGGUCGGAGCCAAUGCUAAGAAGCGUAAAGCCGCCAAGAUCAUCAGUGACGAGCAGGAAGACGACAAAGACCAAUUGAGAGAUGUGAAGAAAGUUGAAACAAAGGCUGUCAUGAAACCCAAGAAGAAGUCAAAGGCUGUCAAGCUUACAUUUGGCGAUGAAGAGGAGGGAUGAAGCAUCUCUGCAUCGUGUCCUCGCAUGAUCGACACUCAUGCCAGGCGCGGGUAAGGCAGUUCUUAAUGCAGCAGCUCCAAUAUGUCGACUAGGCCUCGAAAGACUUCAGGCAGUGGGAAGAGUGUCUACUUCCUUACACACUACCACCAUCUGCCAUUGUUCGGUCUACUCUAACGAUAAGACCCCAAGUG